GCAUGCGCGGGGUGUGCGGAGAGAAGAUAUCCAUCCCUCGCCAUUUUACGUCAAAAGCUGAACUCAAUCAACUAAGCUUCUGUCAGUCGCUGUGUUUGUGUACAGUGUUGUGAAAAAUUAUCUGUGUCGAUGAAUAUCAAUGGGAAAUUGUGUUGAUCACGGCUCAAAACGAUGGGUCGAUUGUUGUGUUUGUGGCUCUGAUGCAUCAUUCUAUUUGUAAUGAUGGCCAAGUGUUUGAUGAAGUGAAGUGUUUUGUGUCGUAUGCUGGCCAGUAACAGCAACAGUGAGAUCCUUUCUCUGGAUAAAUCGUCCCCAAGACGACGGCGAAUCAUACAACAGGAAGGUGACCCACCAUGUCGGCGAAAAAUAUCCCAGGAGAUAAGAUAAACCUGCGGCUGAUUCUGGUAUCCGGCAAGACCAAGGAGUUCGUUUUCAGUCCAGUGGACUCAGCGGGUGACAUCGCUAUACACGUGUACGACAAUUGGCCUGAAGCGGACUGGGCGGCGGAGUGCGUGUCCCGCGCGGAAAUCCUCCGGCUGAUAUACCAGGGCCGGUUCCUGCACAGCUCGGUGACACUCGGCGCCCUGGGGCUCCAGCUCGGCCGCACCACCGUCAUGCACCUCGUGCCGCGCGAACACUUGCCCGAGCCCAACUCGCACGAUCAACGACAAAAGAGUAAAGGCGGCUCCAGCAGUUGUUGUUCAGCGUCGUGCUGCAUAUUGUAAUACCUUACCGCGUGGCGUGAACAAGACGGAGAUAUGCGCACCGGGGGGAGUGAGUGAGACAGCCGACCGGCCGAACGGACUCAAUGUGUUCAGUGAUGUAGAGUGGAGACCGGCGCCCACAAGCGACACCUUGUGAUGUUUUUAAAUGAAGAACGCGAAACGAACUAGACAAAUAAAAGUGUAGAAUCAAUAACUAAUUUAAUGUCAAUUUUUAUUAUCAUGAAAUUGCACAAAAAUGUAUAAAAACUUUCAAUUGUAAACGCACACUAAGAGUAUGACUAUCUGCGUCGUAUGCUUUGUUUGAAAAUAUCGCAAGUCUUCUAUAGAUAAAUAGUCGUCACUGUUUCAUUUCAAAAUUCUGGAUAGCUUUAUAAGCGAAAUUGUAUAACUCACCGCCGUAUGUUACAUAGAUCGAUAGGUACCAUGCUGCCGGGAUAUGUUAAAUUAGUAGGUAAUCGGGAUAAGACGAAUAGGUACGUCGCCAGUAACGUGGGCCGAGACGUGAUUACGAAUGUAGUUCGGACGUGUCUCGGAUUGCUAAUCUUCUGCCCGUCUCACGGCGGCUACAAAUCCUUAGUAUUAUAAUUUAGGCCAUCAUAUGAAUUUAUAUAACGUUACUAUGGAGAUAUUUAUAAAAUUUAAAAUGACAAAUUAAGUAGUAAAAACGAAGGAGCGCAAACUGCUCUCAUUUGCUGUAAAUAGUAUAUUAAAUUGGAUAAUUCAUUAAGGACACGUUUUCGGGGCUAUAUCGUUUUGUGAUAAGUUCUUGCAAUAUAUUGGGAUCUUUUUUUUUUAUAUAUUAUUAUUUAAAAAUACUAUUUACUGCGCUAGAUGUAGCUUGUAAUCGUAAUGGAAAUAUGGACUGUGGUAUCAACGCAUAAUAAACAAUAUGGAAACCAAUGUAUUUCCAUGAACACGGCGACUGUCUACUUACACAUGCAUUGGAGGCCGUAUAAAUUUUAGUUUAUAACGCACUAGUGUAAUUCUGUAAAUUUACAAGUCUCGCUUACAAUUCUGUAUACGGCUGUACGAAAAGGGAAUGCACAGUAUGAAUUUGUUCGCUAUAUGACGCGGCUUCAGUUCGAAACCAAUGCUCCUUUGUAUUACUCACACACGACAAUAUCUAUAGUGUUACCAGAACCCCAAACUUUCUGUAAAUAUAUCAUAGAUCUUUUUUAUUUUAUAUAUUAUUUUACAUCACACAUACACGCAUAGAAAGCCUAAAUCUCAUUUGGCAUUUUAUAACGUAGCUAUAAAAAUAUAUUUUGUUUGACUUAAGGGUGACUGAAUAUGUUUUGUUGUAAUUUUACCAGAUCGUCUUUAAGUCAGUUGUCAUCAAUAUUGUUUUGUUGCGAUGCGAAAUAUUUAGUGAUAGUACAAAUGAAAUUUAUUUACACCACGGACAUUAUGUUCAGUGGUUACAUUUCACAUUUCUAACAGUAUUAAGAGGACUGUAAUAGCAAACGAUCGGUGCAUUAUGUCGGCCGGUGCCCCAUCCGUUCCGGCCUCGUACCGGGGCACAGAACUCGACUGAUUGUGACAAUCUUGCCAUUCGACCGUUUUUGGGAGCACUACGGUGAGUAGGUGUGACCUACUGUACGGACACAUAGGGCCGAAUGAUGCAGUCUAUUGUAUCUCAUUGGAACGUAUCGACUCCGUAUGAAUGAUUUAUAUUUGGUUGCUCUAUUUAGUUGCUGUAUGUAUGUAUUUUGUUAAGUUGUGUAAAAUACCUAGUUUAUAAAUAAAAGUAAUACAAAUUA